CGUAAGCUCGGUGCGGCUCUCGACGAAGUAAAAAUCCUCCCCUCCAAAGGGUGACAGUCCCAGCGUGAGUGUCAAUAACUCCACAAUACGCAAAUUGAAAAAAAAAAAAUAAUAAUAAUAAUACAUCUGCCUAUAACCGGGGGCUCGAGGGUGGUUUGACGAGGUGCUCGAUUCCGCGCCAAUGAGCAUCGAGUGCUUUUUAUCAUAUUUCAGUCCCGGCUGAGGUGUGCAAUGCUGUAGUAGAACAGAUAAAAUACACGGAAGAGGCACUUGGGUUCUGUUGAGGGGGUCAGGUGCGAGUGAAAUGUGAAUGAGAGUACAAUAAAAAAGAUAAUAAGAAGUCGAGUGGAGUAUAAUAGGGCGGAUAAACGAGGUAAGGGAGUGAUAAGAAUGCCGAAUGCCAUGGAUGUGACAUCGAGUGCUGGGGCUAUGAGAACGCCGAGACGCCUGACACGAAGACAAAAAUGGCCACUGCAUUUGGCCCUAUUUAUUAUUUACAUUUUCAUACAACUCGUGACUUCCUCAAAUUCUUCCACGUCAGCGAUACCGCCUGAUCAAACUUAUACGACAACAGUAACGAAAACUAUUAGCAGUAGUAUUGCACCGAAGAAGGAAGAAGUCACCACUCAGGGCACUACAACGACUGGCGAGGCGAAGAAGAAAUAUGAAACUACGGCCAGAAGUGAAAGAAACACUGACUCACCAACAACGAUGUCCCCAGCAAAAACAACAGCCUCCUCAGGUGGUUCUCAUCACCCAACGUGGCGUCCUCCUCGCGAAAAUUGCACAGCCCCGGCAAUUGAGCAAUUUCCAAAGCCAUUUAUGGGUAAAUGGGGUAGAGAGCACGGUGGUCUGAUAAUUCACAUUCUGGCUGCCAUUUACACAUUUCUCGGUCUGGCUAUUGUCUGUGAUGACUACUUCGUAGCGAGUCUCGACAGAAUUUGCGAGGAGCUGAGACUGUCGCCGGACGUUGCUGGGGCAACGUUUAUGGCCGCUGGUUCAUCGGCUCCUGAAUUGGCUACUGUUAUCGUCGGUGUGUUCUUCGCGCAGGAUGACAUCGGGGUGAGCGGAGUGAUAGGCAGUGCUGUAUUCAACAUAAUGUUCGUGAUAGCUGUCUGCGGCCUGUGCACAACCACAGUAUCAAAGUUAAAUUGGUGGCCCCUGUGUCGAGACUGUUUCUUCUAUUUUAUAUCGAUCCUAGUGAUGCUGGGAACAAUCUACAACAAAAUAAUAAGCUGGCCUGAGGCAUUACUCAUGCUGAUCACGUACGUUGUUUAUUGCGUUGCCCUGUCCUACAACGAGCGCCUCGAACGCUGGGCAAAGUCGUACAACAUUCCCUUCCUUCCUAAGGACGAUGAGCCCGCUGAGCAGAGUGCACUCGUCAGCUACAGAUCAUUGCAGGAGGACAGGCAGUCCUACACUGGGCCUAAUUCACCGGUUACUGAGCAAAUUAAAAGUCAAGAUGGAAUACCCACCCCCGGAGAGCAACAAAAUCCUCAACAGCCUCCUCCCCCACCCCCCGCAUCGCAACCCCAGUACUACAAGGCAAAAGAGGCAGAUCCUAACGAGGUGUCUCCACUGGAGAGACCGGUGGACGCGAGUCAAUGGAGACUCUUCACCUGGCACUUGGUCUACCCAAUUCACUACACGUGUCGUGCCACCAUGCCCGACUGCCGGCAGCCCAAGUGGCGCAGUUGGUACCCGUUCACCUUCUGCGUGUCGAUGGUGUGGAUCAGCUUCUACAGCUACAUCAUGGUCUGGAUGAUCACAAUUAUCGGCAGCACAUUCGGUAUUCCUGACACCGUGAUGGGCCUGACAUUCGUCGCAGCUGGUGUCAGCGUCCCAGACGCUCUGUCAUCACUGGCGGUGAUUAAGGAGGGUCUUGGGGACAUGGCAGUGAGCAACGCCGUCGGCAGCAAUGUCUUCGACAUUCUCGUGUGUCUCGGGCUGCCCUGGUUCAUCCAAACAGCCAUGAUUCAACCUGGGUCUCAUGUCAAUGUCACCAGCAGAGGUUUAACGUACUCGACAGUGUCACUCCUAUCAACCGUAGUAUUCCUAGUCUUCGCGACUCACUUGAAUGGCUGGAAGCUCGAUCGAAGGUACGGUGCAGUGCUGAUGGCCUGGUACUUGAUUUUCAUCGUAUUCGCCACAAUGUACGAGCUCAAUGUAUUCGGCGACUGGAACCAGCCAACGUGUCCGAGUAAUUAUUAAAUCACCAUUAAUCGACGGCCAUAAUUCAUUCACGAGGGAUGAAAGUGAAUUUGCAAUCCAUAGGGGGAGGGGGACAGUGAAACGAAAGCGUUGUAAAUUAUUCAAUACAAACACCGAGAUUAUUAAGAGAUUAAUCAAUACCAAAAUUAUAGAGACAAUAUUGUAUCAGUAUUACGUGCGGUCCUUGUUAUAAAGUAUGGAGACUACGAAGGGACGAGCAUGGAUCAUUAGCAGGUGUGAAAUAAUUUAAUAGAAAAAUCUAGAGCAUUCUGUUGUAUUUUUAUCAAAAAAUUCCAUUUGUUUAUUGUUCAAAUUGAUUGUGAUUUCUCGAUUUAACUCAUUCUAUUGGUAUUAGUUCUGGAAAAUUCUUGGACAUAAAUUUUUAGUCUUCUCUUGUAUUUUUUUUAUAAAAAAAAGUACAGCAAAAUAAUUUUGGAAGAUUUAUGCCCAAGAAUUGCAAUGGAAAAAUAAAAAUCUCAAGACAUUUUCCCAUAAAAUAUCUGUAAACUAUAUGACACAUUGCAUAAUCUUCUGUAUAGAUAACGUAAAAGACCAAUAGAAUUCUUAGAGAAUUUUCAAAAGGCUAGAUUUUUCAAUUAAAUAUUUCCACCGGCGCAGCCAAUGCAGAUAAUUGCCUAAUAAAGAUAAUUAAGACCUGCAAAUUAGAUCAACGAUUGAUAGUCAUGAUAUCGUCCUCACGCGACCAUACACGCGUGUCCCUGAAAGAAAACAUCGAAACUACCCAAAGUUAAAUGAAUGGAAGCUCAAAAGUUCCAUCAGCCAUAAAGAAGAUGAAAUUAUUUUGUUAGUAAAAAUUUAUUUAGACUUUAAUUUACGAAUUCAAUCAUUCGAUUCACGUGAAUAUUAAGCCUACAGGAGCUCGGAGUUGGUGAGGGAUUUAUAUGUUUAUAAAAUUACACGAUGAGAUAAAGAAUAGUUGACAUAAUGAUGAUAAAAUAUAGUAACGAUAGUUGUUUCAAAACGGAUAACGGUGAUUGGACGAUUAUUUCGUUUAGUGAGUUGUAACGACGCAUAAUUGUAUAGCUUCCUCAUGCAUAGAUCUUCCGAGACAACUUUUAUUUGCUUGAUCGAGCUUUAAUAUGUCUAAUGAGUCAAGAGCAAUAGAUGUUGAGAGCGCCGGGUGAUUGCGUGAAAAUCGCUCAACAAUUUGUCGUGAGAUCAAACUACAAUCCUCGUUAGCGUGGAAGAUUAAUAUCAUGGGGAGGAGGGAAAUUAUUCAUGGACCCGGGGAUUGAUGGGGGGGAGGGGGUACCUCAUUGGUUGGAGCCACCCUUUACGCAAACGGGGUGAUAAAAAUAUCCAAGGAAGACAAUAAUUGAGCCUUAAUCCGAUGAAAGUAUCUACAACAUUUCAGACUCUGCGCGGUCCUUGCUUAAACAGGGAGAUAUUUAAUUUUUAGUGGAAAGGAAUUCGCUUGGAAUUUUAUUGAAAAUUCAAUUAACUUGUCAAUAGAAUUUUUUCAGUGUUUUUUAUGGAAACGUUUAUGUCUUUUCGCCCAAAUUAUUAAAUUGAAAAAAAAUAAAGACUUAAAUUUUCUCAAUUAUUGAUUUAUUCUAUUAAUUUUGUUAAAUUAAUAAUUUCCACUGCAUUAUUUGCUGAGGUGCUAAAAUGAAUAUUGAAGACCAAAUAUUUCUCAAUAUUCCCUUCAAUAUCUCGAUUAAAAUUCAAGGAUCGCGCAGUGGCUCUACAUACCUAGUUAAUUAUUAAACUCAUGUAAAAUAAAUGCAAACGAAUGUUUAGAUCGGUUGACCGUUCGACGUUAAAUAUCUGUGUUAAUCUUUUAGCCAUUUAGAGAGUUUUAUUGUUAAAAAAUGAUAUAUUAUAUGUGGAAAGGGCCCCGUUGUUCGGGCUGUGCACGGCUUCCGGCACUCACAAAAUUAAUACUAAAUACCACACGUUUAAUUGUACGAGUUGCGAAUGAUGUAGUUGAUAUUAUAUAUUACUGUACGUGGACCAGUAUCGACACAGUGGGGGGUACGGUUGUCAUUAAGAGAUUAUCCGGGCUUAUUCACGAGAGCUUGUGCCGCUUCCAAUGUACCGAAAUUAUUAAAGGGGAAUGUUUUAUGUCGUAAUGAUACUCAGGCACUCAACGAACGUAUUUAAUGAAUAAUUAUAUCUGUCUUUUUAACGUCUAUUUUUGCUUCGGACACGUUUCUUUGUGAUGGAAUUUAUUUCAUAAAUAUUUCUUCCUGUUUCAUGUGUAAAAUAUUUAUAGGGGACGGGAACGCUAGGAUGAUCGUAUGGAGAAUUGGGGUAUUUUGUAGGAGAACAGAAGGUCUGUAGAAAUUCUGGUGCUGUAAAAAAUUGUGCAACUCUUCCUCAGACCUUUUUUUAUAGGAAAUGGUAAUUACACUCAAGUUUACAUGACUUUAUUUCUGGAGAAAUUUAUAUUUUCUAGGCAAUAUUAACUGGAAAUCCAAAUUCGUUAGGAAAAUUUAGAGUAUUUGUAGCAACUCUAGGAAUUUUUUCAGCAAUAAAUAAAUUAAAUGAAUUCAAAAUUGGAUUUUUCAAAAAAAUUCUGUAACUUUUGCGUUCAAAUUAUUUUGCAGAAAUUCUCCAGUCCAAAUUAUCCAGAUUUAAAUUGGAGGCCUAAACUUCUUCAAUAUUUUCAGAAUUCUAUAGAAACUCUAGAUAUUUUUCAAUAAUAAAUAAAUUGAAAGAAUAAAUGCAAAAUGAGAUUUUUCAUAGUGGAAAUUCCCUGACGAAUUCUUCAUGAAAAAAUUAUUUUCACAGAAUUCCUGGUCUUCCAUCACAACAAUUCACGCAAUUUUCCCUAAACCUCGAGGAAAUUCCUACAGAAAAUAUCUCAGAAUUCUCGAUAGGAUCAUCCCACAAAAAUUCUCCACAUUGCUUUCAUUCAGGAAAUUGGUGAAAGGGUCAGGUCAAUAUAGAUACGUAGUUGUUAUCUUAAAAUAAUAGUAUAUUUAUAUGAUCUACGAUUAAGUGAGUAAUCCAGAUCAAUUGUGAAAUCAAAGUCAAUAUUGUUUGUCUUCUUAAAUUCCAUUCUCUGAUUGUCAAUCUUAAUCCUUUGGUCUGCAAACUCGGGGGAGUGGAUAAUACGAUAAUUAGAUUUGCGAAGCUUCUACGAUCACUAAUUGCAUUUUAUAGAUUCAUUAGUCAUAAUGAAUUCAUAAUUAUCAAUGUGAUGAGUCCUCAAGCGUCAAUACCAGUUAGUUUAUAGCGACGAUACCAUUCGUUAUGUACAUAAUUGUUGUACCAAUGUACAUGCGUUACAACGUGUACUAUGAUACAGAGUAAAUGAAAAUUAUACAGAUAUAUUAUAUAAUUAUAUGUAUACAGCGAUCAUAACUACGCGAGUAGUUUGAGUAUUCAUAGGGGGUAUGUAAACACCUUCAUACGCACCAUUCACUGGCAGAUUAAAUAACAAUUGAGUGCAAUCGUGUAUUUAUUAUCAACGGUUUAACCAUAAUGGAACAAUUCAAUCACUGAAAUUAUUCAUUUAGCGGAGGUAAAGUCUAUGAGAUCGAGGUAAACAUAGGUGUUAUGUACUCUGAUGUAUUGGAUCGUUAAAAAAAAUAAAAAGCAAU